GGGUGAGGGAGAGAGAGACAGAGGGAAAGCGUAAAAGUGAGGGAGAGAGAGAGAGAGAUAUGCCUCUUAUAAAGCCAAGUCUUGUCUCGUUGGGAAGAAUUUGUGAGCAGUGAGACCGGGCUUCGGGUCAGAAACAGGAGCCCGAUGAGCCAAUAACUGUCUCCAUUAAUUCUCCUCGAUGGUGUAUCAGGACAGCAGGCUAAUGAAGUUAUUCUUCUCGCAGAAUUACAGUCCGUAUGCGUAUGGCAACAAAGCUGACAUGUGGACGAAAGGCUGAGGCUCCGGGCUCCUAACUCCUCUCUGCACGAGUCAGUUAGAUUGCAUCCCAGCUGUAAAGAUGACAUCGGCCACACCUCCUUCCUCUCGUAGCUCCUCCCCUCAGAAGGUGUGCCACUCACAGACACAGACCGAUGUUUUAAAACCCUUGCUGGGUGGCGGCGUUUCCGGUGGGGGCGGGAGUCUGAGGAAGAGGAGGCGUGUCCUGUCCAAAGAUGGGCGUAGCAACGUGCGCAUCGAGCACAUCAGUGGGCAGAGUGCCCUGUACAUGCGUGACCUCUGGACAACGUUUCUGGACAUGCAGUGGCGCUACAAGUUCUUUCUGUUCACGGCCACGUUUGCGGGGACGUGGUUCCUGUUCGGGGUGCUGUGGUAUCUUAUGGCCCUGGUGCACGGAGACCUACUUGAGUUUGACCCGCCUUCAAACCACACACCCUGUGUGAUGCAGAUGCAGACCCUGACGGGGGCUUUCCUCUUCUCCUUGGAGACCCAGACAACCAUUGGUUAUGGUUUCCGCUGCAUCACUGAGGAAUGUCCGGCUGCCAUCAUCCUCCUCAUCGUCCAGCUCGUCAUCACCAUGCUGUUGGAGAUCUUCAUCACUGGUACCUUCCUCGCCAAGGUUGCUCGGCCAAAGAAGCGAGGUGAGACGGUGAAGUUUAGCCAGCAUGCUGUGGUGUCGACCCACGAGGGACGACCCUGCCUGAUGGUCAGGGUGGCCAACAUGCGCAAGAGUCUCCUGCUUGGCUGUCAGGUCAGCGGAAAACUGCUCCAGACGUCUCUGACCAAGGAAGGCGAGACUGUUCGUCUGGACCAGAGGAAUGUGCCGUUCCAAGUGGACAUGUCCAGCGACAGCCCCUUCCUCAUCCUGCCCCUCACCUUCUACCACCUCAUCGAUGACAACAGCCCCCUGCGAGCCUGGGCAGCCAAGGGUAAGCUUGACGGCGGGGGCUGGACAGAUCCAGAGUCUGCAGACUUCGAGCUGCUGGUCAUCAUGAGCGCCACAGUCGAGCCGACCUCCGCCACCUGCCAGGUCCGCACCUCCUACCUGCCGGAUGAGAUUCUCUGGGGCUAUGAGUUCCCCCCUGUGGUCUCCCUCUCCCCAUCGGGAAAAUACGUAGCGGACUUUGCCUUCUUCGACAAAGUGGCCAAGACCAAGACCACGCCUGUCUUCAAACCAUCCAGCCCCCAGCAGCAGGCGUACCAGAGCAGCAACGGGGGUGGGACUGUGCCUGAGGUGUCCGAUCCAGAGAAGAUCCGUCUGGAGCAGAGCUACAGGGAGAGAGGGGAGGAACGAGGCCAGGGGAGAGACACUCCUCUCAGUGUUCGCAUCAGCAACGUGUGAGGGGAGCGCUUCAAAGAGAGCAACACGAAGGAGACAAGUGAAGGGUAACAGCAAUGGAACGAAACGUCAUAUCAAAACAGCUGGGACAAUGACUUUUAGACUGAUUUGAAGCUCUGAAAGAUAUCUAGGUAGUAGCACCAGAUGACGCAGAAAGGGAAUAUGGAAGA